AUGCAGGAACACUGGUGCAUCCAUACAAGACAUAGCGGACGCUCUUCACCGCUUGCAUUUGAUCUGGAAAACGAACGAACGAGUCGCUCAAAUCGAGUUGCCAGAAGGAACCUCAACAAUACGAGUGUAGAUAAUGUGGUCGUGGAAGAUGUGGUAGAAGGGCAUGAGGAUGCAGUCAACAAUUCUCCACCACUAGUUCCACCAAUAGCUCCUCAAUUUCCAAACAAGAACAAUGAGAAUAACAGAAACGACAACCAUGCCGAUGCACCAGUUAUCCAACCAAUACAACCACAACUGAACAGAAACAACCGUGGCCAAAAUAGUGGAAAUGGAGGAAAUUGGGCACAAAAUAUGGGAGGCAAUGAAGGAAACCACAAUGGUGGUAAUGAUAGAAAUCAAAACCAACAUCCUAGAAAUGUUGGCCCUCAAUUCGAUAAUGGUGGUAACGAUGGUGACUUGGAUUUUGAUGAUGGAAGUGACAAUGGAAUUGGUUGGAAUCAAAACCACAAUGGUGGUAAUAGGCAAAAUCAAGGCAACCGAGGUGGAAAUGGAAACUACAACAAUAAUUGGAACAACCAGAAUUUCCAAAACGGUGGCAGCAAUGACUACAAUGAUGGGUUUAGGAAUCAAGGCUUUGGGAAUCAAUACCGAAGGAAUCCAAAUGGUGGAUUCAACAAUGCAAAUGGAGGAUACUACAACAAAGAACAACAACCAAGGCGGGAACUACAACAACAAUGGACACUAGAACAACAGUCAAGGGAAUUACCCAAAUCAAAAUCAAGUAAAACAGUUCAAGCAGUCCAACUGUAUCCAAGGUGGAACAUUAAAGAAGAGGAAAUUUAUAGCAACAAGUUGGAUAAAAUCAUGAAAUUCAUAACUCAAACAUACCAAAAAGUUGACACCAACUCCAAGUCCAUUGCUGCUAUUGAGAAGUAG